AUGACGGAACGCAAACUUGGUUUUUUGGGAUGCGGGAGCAUGGCGGAAUGCAUUAUGGCUGGACUUCUGAAAUCGUCCGCUGUGAAGCCAGAGAACGUUUUCGUGUGCAAUCGCACAGCUUCAAAAAAUGACCACCUCGUUGCCACGUACAACGUAACGAGCGUGUCACCCGAAGAACUUGCCUCUAAAGCCGAUAUUGUCCUUCUUGGCACCAAGCCCUACGGAGUGGUUCCGAUGCUGGAGGUGAUUAAAGGAAAGCUGAACCCGCAAACAAUUGUUAUCUCGAUGGCUGCCGGGGUGCCAAUUGCCACAAUUGAGAACCACUGCCCGCCAUCAACGAAAGUGAUUCGCGUCAUGCCGAAUGUGCCUUCGUUUGUUGGAGAAGGUGUAACGUCGGUCAGCUGCAACUCUAGCAUUUCUCAGGAUGAAGAGACAGAAGUAUUGAAGCUCUUCGGUUCCAUUGGAAAAGCGUAUGUAGUUGCGGAGUCUGCGAUUCAUGGCGUCGUUGGCGUUGCCGGCUCAUCACCAGCCUACGUGUUCAUGUUUCUCGAAGCGCUCAGCGACGGUGCGGUUCGUGGCGGUGUCCCGCGCGCGCUUUCGUACGAAAUGGCUGCCCAAGCCGUCCUCGGUGCGGCAAAAAUGCUGCAGGAAAGCGACAAAACUCCCGCUGCCCUGAAGGACAUGGUUUGCUCGCCUGGUGGCACAACGAUUGAAGCUGUGCGCUACCUCGAAAAAGGAGGUUUUCGCUCUGCGGUGAUUGAAGGCAUGAUCCAGUGCAUGGAAAAGUCAAAGGAAUUUGAAAAAGUGUACUCUGAAUAA